AAUUUUACGGAUCAAAACAUUUUGCUAAAAUUCUGGCUAAUUAAAGAGGAAAACUGUCUUCAGAGCUGCCGAUUGCUUCUCGAUUUCCUAGCUUCAUAUGAUUGAAAGUUUUUAUUAAGUCCUCUGACUCUUUAGGGCAGAUAUAAAGUUAGGCAAACAAGGAAAUAGGCGAAGAACGUUAAGCCAAAAUGGCGGCAGCGAAGGCUGCCAGGAGAAAUGCUCUCUUACAUAAUCUACAUAUUCCUAAUGAACCAUUUCAAGAUCCACUAAUAGGAAGACGAACUGGUGUUCCUCUGAAUAUAAAAGCCAGGAAAGAUUCAUUUGGUUUUGAAAACAUUGAUGACUAUUUUCUGUAUUCAGAUCCAGAAGUAGAAGAAGAAGAAGAAGAAGAAAAUGUUGCUCCAAAUACACAAAAAGUGGAGAAAGAUCUUGUUGAGAAGGAAAAUGCAAACGUCCAUCCAGUGGAGGAUGUAGAUGUGUUUGAGAAGGUUGCAAAUGACCAUUCACCAUCAGGUGAUGAUGCCCUAUUGAAAAAGUCAUAUCCUGAAAAAAUGGAUUUAGUAGAUACACCAGAACAGAACACUGUGUCUCCUAAUAACACUGGAACUGCAAUUAAAAACCCGGCCUCCAGAGAACCAACUCCACAGUUAAGAGGACCAAUUAGCAAGAGGUUGUCAUUCAUAACUGGGCAAUCACCAGUUGGAUCAGAGGGUGAUCAAGUACAUGCUGGAGAUUCUUUGGAUGGUCAAUAUGCAAAGACCAGUGGCAAGGGGGUUGAAGAAAGUGACACUGAAAUUGAUGUUGUCAAUGAUGAUCCGCAGUUAGUAAUUAAGGAGGCUCAUGAUGAACCUUCUUAUAAAGAGAAAGCGAAGUCCAUGAAAAAGACUCCUGCAGUUACAAAAAAACACAGCAUUGUUGCAGAUGAGAGUGGAGAUGAGGAGAUUAUUGAUAUAACAGGAACUGAGGAAGACACGUUUCUAACCAUUGGUAAUUUAUCUCGUGCAGCGAAGACCAACGCAGCUGUCCAUAAAUUGCCGCUGUCUUCUCAGGCUGAAAGUUUUGUGAUGAGUGAGAGUUUUGUGUUGGAGGGAACUAAACACAAGGCUAUGUCUCCAGAGUUUGGGUCCAGUUCAGAUAAUCAGGAUGAACCAGCAACUAAAGGAUAUAAAUCUCGAAUACCUGUUUUAACAAAGAGAUAUCCAAGCAACAAGACAGCACUAAACAGGGCAGCUAAAGGAAGAAAGAAAACUGUGAAUAGAGAUCCAGAGAGUGUAAUGGUGUCAGUGGUGGGACAAAAUGAUGUUGAAGAGGAAAAUACAGGCUUGACAGUUACACACAAAGAAGAAGCAAGGCCAGUUCAGGGGAGAAGAACAAGAGGGAAGGCGAAGAAUGUGGAAGAGUCACAUAAACAAAAGAGAAUAAAAGUAGGGGGAAGAAAAAGUGUAUCAAGUGUCACACAUCAGAUGAGCAGGAUAACCAGGGAAAGCAAGCAGAAAAGUGAAAACCACAAUGUAGACGAUGAAGAAUUUGAUAAACAAAAGAAUGAUGACGGCAUCAAAAAAACCCCAGUUCAUAAGGGAAGACCUGAGAAAGGGAAUGAGAGUAGAAAGAAAACAGAGCAGAUAGAAAGCGUGGAAGUCAAGCAAAAAAAUGGAGGGGGUACAAUGGAACUCAGGGGAAGGAGGACCAGAGGGCAAAGGAAAAAAGAACAGGAUGGCAAAGUGCAUGAACAAAAUGGAGAGGAAGAAGCGCUGCAAGUGGCAGUUGAUGUUGUGGACGAUGACGAUUUUGAACGUGGAAAUAUGGAAUUAUUAGGGUUGGAGAACGAAAAAACUGGUAAUGAUGGGAGGGUGUCAAUGGCAUUGGGGGAAAACGAGGCUGACGAUGUGACUAAAGGAAAGAGAGGGAAACAAGGAAAAGGAAGAAGAAAAGAUGAAGAAAUGAAUUCUAAAAAGGACAAAAGUGUCGUUGGUAUUGCAGCAGAGCUGAUCAAAUCGCAGAACAAAGAUUUUGUGGAACAUACAGCACAGAGUAUGUCUAAUGUGUCCAUUACUGUUUCCUCAAGCACAGAGUCUACCAAGAAGUCGAGUAACGGCGUUGCAACCAAGCGGAAGAAGGUCUCACGGGUGGUAGCACCGUGUGCAAGGAAACGAAGAGGAGGCAAAGCAAACAGCUCAAAAAACUCCUCCAAGACUAACAGUUACGACUCUACUGAAUUAAGCGUGGACGCCAAAAAACAGAGAUUGCUGAACGAAGCGAAUGAAACAAGCACUGCAAAGGAUUCGUCGAGAAAGGAUACCAAAACAAAUGCUGGUAAAACUAGUAGAACUAAACGAGCUGGGAGGAAAUCCGAAGCAGAGAAGAAAUCUUCAACAACAGAUGACGUGAAUGAUAAAGCUGAUAUAAAUGAUUCCUUACAAGGAGCAGAAAAAGACAGCAGUUCAUUGGAUGCUCCAGCUGAACCAAUGACAGCAUUGAAGUCAAUUCUUAAAUCUGGAGGCAGUGUGCGAAGAUCCGCUACAGGUUCCAGGAAGCGUCAGAUGACAACAGAGAAGUCACACUCAGCCGGGAGUGACGCUGAUGACGAGAGUGUACAACCCGCUAAGCAGCCAAACAGAAAAAGUCUUUCUGCGGUCAGUUUUGCCUCAACCCCAUUCGUUCACGGAUCACCAUCUAUGCUGGCCGACAGUUCCCCCAUUAGUCUGUCGUUUGUGUCUAAGAACAGCUCUUACAAAUCCACAGAUGGGACAUUUACCCCCGGUAGCGCUCGAACUAUCAGGUCAUCUGUGGGUUCUGCCAGCGGCUCCAGUGUUGGUGGUAAUUCUGAAGUUGAUCCUGAGGAGGAGGUCACCACUACAAAUGGUACCUCUCAACCAGAUGGUACCCCAGAUGGACAGCAUACCAGGAGAAGCAAGCGCACCAUCGUGCCGCCCUUACAAUACUGGAAAAAUGAGCGAAUAGAUUAUGAGCGACGAAAAUCAGGUGGCUGGUGCAUCAAAGGAAUUAUAAAAAACCCAACUCCAACACCAAAGUACAGGAAGAAGCGGAAACAAACUGCGAAGCUCUCUGUAAAAAAGCAAACCAACGCAAACUCUCCUGAUUCUUCAGAGGAUGAAGUGGACAAUGAUUUAGAAGGAUUCCAAGAGAUUUUAAACCCUAAAGGCACUGUGUUAAACUCAGAUAACAACGAAGAAGUUGCCAUGGAUAUUUUCCAUACCCACGGUAUGUUAAACUUCACGAAUCCCUCGGGAAAACCCCCGCAGGAGAACGACCCACUUCUUGUUCACAAAUACAUCUCACGGCCUCUGUUUGGAGGCGGUCAGGUGAUACUGAGGCCUGAAGCCGAAAAGGGAAAGCAGUUUGUACGACAAGAUACAAUGGUUUUUUACAUUAUCAAGGGAAGAGUCAAGGUUACAGUUCACAAAUCUUCGGCAAUACUUCACACAGGCUCGACAUUCUUCAUUCCUCAAGGAAAUUCCUACAACAUAGAGAACUUGAGGAAAACAGCUGCUCACUUGCUGUUUGUGCAAAUCAAGGGAUAGUUGAUAUUUACUUCUUUCGGGAGAAGGCAGUGUUGUUGAAAACUGAUUUUCUUAUUUUACUAAGAAUCGUGAAGAUGUCAGAGCACGAUUGCAAGUUCAGCGUUUAGGGCGUCAUUUUGUAGGAAAAUUCCCAGGCCAGAUUUUACUGACGUGCAAGUGUAUGGCUGAGUGCAUGGAGGAAAUUUUUUUCCUAUUUUUUUUUUAUCCUAGUUCAAUCUGAUGACGUUUUUGAGCGUAAAAGCUGUAAAUGUACAAUUGAUUUCAUCGCUUGUCGUUUAUGGACUGCUUAACUUGUUACAAAGUUCUGUGUAUUUAAUGUGGACUGUUUGAUUAGAUAAAUGCAAAACUGCAAUUUUACUUUUACGCGUAUCUUACUUGAGUAGACAGUUGAUAAAGCCCUGAAAGGCAAAAGUGUUUUCAAGACCGCUUGAGUCACCACGAAGUGUCUCCUUUUCCUUGCGUAUUCAUCGCAGACUGAACGCAAGAAAUGCGUGCAAUGGGCAUGAAUUAAACGCCAGACUUGUCCUU